CAAACCCUAAUGCAAAAACACGAAACCGCACUGAUUCCAUCACCAACUUCAAAAGCGCAGCCGUUGCAAACCACCUCUGAAUCUGCUCCCGUGAGACUUCCCUUCGCCACUCGGAUGUCAUCACCGAAAUCUUCUGCACUCAUUUCCAUUACAGCCACCACCAUAAUCGUUUCCGGUCACUUAUCUGUUAGAUUCAUGAUGUAUAAUUGUGUAUGAUGUUAUUACUUGAACAGAUGAAUGAAAAUUGUUCAAUUAUCUCUAUCUUAUUAUUUUCCCUUUUGCUUUCUGUUUUCUCUAUUGAUGUUGCUACCGAGUGCAACGGAUUUAAUAGGGAAGAAAACAAGAUUCAGAGUAUUCCUGAAAACUUCAAUCAUGAUGGUAAAUAUUUUCCCUCUUCAAUUCGUGCUUGGAGUGGCCGAUUCCAGAUUCUUCAAGCAGCUGCAUCUGUAGAAUUUUAUGAUGGGUUUGAGGCCAAACCUCCCUGCGUUGUUAAUAGGAAGGCAUACAAUCUUUCAAACAAAAUUCCGCAGGACAUGGUGCUGUAAAACCCUCAAAUAUUAAGAGACAGUACUUAUAUUAUAAUAUAUUCAGGUGUUGGUAUAUAAACUAUGGACAAAAACUAUAGUUAGCAUUUUGAUUCAGAUUGAUUCAACUCAUAUCUGUACUCCUAUAGUGGGGAAUUUGCACAUGGUUUUAUUAGAUUUAGUAUGUGCAUAAGUUUAGUUACUCCUUAUUUUGGUCAUGUGUUUAAUACUUUAUUUCAUGUUUAAUUUCCAACAUGUGCAGUUGGGUUAACAAUCACAGAACUUACU